AGACGUCUUCUAUAGACCACAAGGCAUGUAUGGAUAAUAAAGAACAAGAAUGACGUCACCAUCAGUGACCCCAUUGUGACCUCAUCAGCUGGUGUUGUCAUGUCGCGAAACAGAGACGGAACUGUAACAGCGUGAAUGCUGGUUUUCUGUCGUUCAAACGCUUCUACUUGGAAUAUUUUGUGACAAGUGGGUACACGAGGGUUCAAGAUGAUCCACCCAAUGGUGUUGAUGACCACAUCCCUCACGAUAUGCGGGUGGGUGAUGUCUUGGCUGGAGCACUACCACAACGGUAGGUGGGAAACCUUCCUACAGCGAGACCCAGCUGAUGCCAGAAUCACUGUCGUGGACACCGAGACAAGCUGCGAGGCCGUGUGCGGCAGGUUGGUGAGUGGAGCAGGGCUAGGGGACCUCCAGGCCCUGGGGUUUGACUGCGAAUGGGUGACCAGGGGAGGCACAGCCCGUCCCGUGUCGCUCCUACAGCUCGCCUCACGCGGCGGAGAGUGUGGCCUCUUCCGGGUCUGUCGUCUCAGCGAUGACUGGGAAAUCCCACGGUGUGUGCGGGACUUGCUCGCCGAUAGAAACGUCCUGAAGGUCGGAGUCGCCUGUUACGAGGACAGCCGGCGGCUGGAGAGAGACUACGGGAUCACUGUGCGCGGGUGUGUGGACCUCAGGCACCUCGCGAUCAGGCACAAAUCUCUCCAGAACGGUAGACUCGGUCUGCAGGCUCUCGCCGAACGGGUGCUGGGGGUGAACAUGGAGAAGAGUCGAACCGUGAGAUGCAGCGACUGGGAGGCUCAAGAGCUGAGCCAGGAACAGAUCACGUACGCUGCCAACGAUGCUUUAGUGUCUGUUGACAUCUUUACCACCUUUCUGAAGUGGAAGUUACAACAGAACGCUUCUAACAAUGACCAGGGAAGAUUCCCUACAACAGCAGAUAUGCGAACAGCGGUGAAAGCGAUGUGUCAGGGGUUGGUGGACGUCCCCUUCUCUGGCUCUUACAAGGGAGGAAGAAAGAGAAAUGGUCGCAAUAACAAAGUACAACAUCUGAACGGAGGACCUUUCCACAACGAGGAUAUGGGUACUCCACAAAAUCAUGGAGAGGAAGAGGGUCUGUCUUGUAAUGGAGAGGCAGAUCUAGAUGCAAUUCAAAAUCACAAGGAUAGAGCUCCAGCCGCCAGGAGAGUGAAAGGGUACACCGUCCGGCGGUCCCCUCUCUACCACAACUGUCAGCUGCGCGCACCUGACGGGACACUUCUCUGUACCAUUGACCGUAAGAAGGUCCAGUGGUACCUGCAGAAGGACCUAGGGGAGCUGGUCAGCGAGGACCCGCUAACCAUCCAGCUGAAGUUCGAACCGUCCGGCCGCCCGUCCAGCCAGGAUGACCAGUACUACCUGUCCGUGAAGGAGAACGUGUGCUGCGUGUGCGGGCGGAGCGAGUCGUACAUCAGGAAGAACGUGGUGCCGCACGAGUACCGCAGACACUUCCCCCGCGCCAUGAAGGACCACCUGUCGCACGACGUACUCCUCCUCUGCACCGUCUGUCACCAGCAGACCAGUUACCAUGACAACAGACUACGCAACCAGAUCGCCAGGGAGUUCAACGCGCCCCUGGGGUCAGAGGACAACGUCAAGUUUCUAGAAGACCCUGUUCGAAGGAAAGCCCGGACGGCGGCUAAGGCUCUACUUCGUGACAACAAUAAGAUACCGGCUGAACGGAAAUCAGAGCUGGAAACUCAGGUAAAAGAACACUACAACACGGAGGAACUCACUACGAGUAUGCUUGCGGAGGCUGCCAGCCUAGAAACGCGGAUAGAGAACGAGAACUUCGUCCCUCACGCCGAGAAGGUUGUACGGUCGCUCCUGGAGCGGGAGAACGGACUGGUCUCGUUUGAGAAGCGCUGGCGUCGCCAUUUCCUGGACAACAUGAAGCCGCAGUUCCUGCCGCCGCUGUGGUCCGUGGACCAUAACCACGGCAGACUGGAGAGGAGCGGGGCGGCGGAGAGGGACGGGCAGGCAGUCGGGGAUCAAACAUCCACCUGAUGUGGACAAUUUACAACAGAUGGCCUCGUGAACAGUGAGCCAUUCAGGGACCUAUCAGACUCAACUUAAACUGUUAAGAUUCACGUAUAUAGAAGAACUUUAUUGCACGACAAUUGCACAAGGUACAAUGUAUGGCAAACUACAGAAAGAGAG